AUGCUGAAGCCUUACUAUCUCCAUGACCCCGAGCCAUCCCACGAGCCUCCGCGCAGGCGGCGCCAGGAGCGCACGGUCUACACCCGGGAACAGCUCCGGGAGCUGCAGACCUUCUUCGAGAAGAACAAGUACCCGGAGUACGACGAGCGGGUGGCCCUGGCUGCCAGGCUGCACGUGCAGCAGCACCAAGUGUGGUUCAAGAACCGCCGCGCCAAGCACGCCCAACAGCAAAGAUACCAGCUGCUGCCAUCACCUGGCCGGGAAGACCGAGGGGCCCCGGGCAUGAGCCCAGCCCCUAGCCCUGAGAGUCCCGCCUUCCCGGAAGGCCCUGGCUCCUGCAGCCUCUUUUCGCUCGGCCUCCGGCCCAUGUCCCCAGCGGCAGAGCCCGCGGGCUCCAGCCCAGGCCAGGCCUAUGGGGCUUGUGCGCCAGGCGCCCAGUGGGGCGCUCCGACCACCACAGUCUCUGUCCAGGACCCCUGUGCCAUGGGCUUCCCGUCGAACUACGCGUCAGGCUCCAAUUCAGAGGACUUUUCAAGGGGUCCUCUCUCAUCUUCACUACAGCGGAGUAACAAGCCGGCGCCAAGUUUGUGGAUGGGGCACCAAGCCGACAGCGCCACCUGGCUGAGCUCGUGGGGCGCUGUGUCUGCAGCGCCCUGCAAUCCCGCGGAGGAGCCAGACGGGGGCGCAUUUUCUUGCGAGCUGCGCGGGCGAGGCGGGUAG